CCCCCAACGCCGAAGAAACCUCCCCAGAGAAGACAUCGUCCCCGCCGUGCUCGCUCUCAAUAGUUCCCUCCCAAAUAUCUUGGCCCUACGUCCUAACCCUUCCGAUACCGCCUCACACCACGAACAGCUCGUAGGAUCGAUCCAUCCCACCCUAUCCGACCGACCGACCGACCGACCGACACCACACACACACCUCAAGUGAGGACUUUGCUACAAAACCUCGCAUCCACCCGACCCCCGACAGACCCGCCUCCUUCUACACCCUUUCUCUCGCGUACCGUCAGAGCAGUCCCAUACCUCCUCUCUUCGUCCGACCUGAAAACAAGAUGAAGACAUCCGCCAUCCUCGCCGGCCUAGCCGCCUCCGCGGCCACCGCCGUUCUCGAGCCAGGCAUGCCGCAGCACCUCCUCUCCAACCCCGAGGGCGGUGCCGACGCAAACCGCAUUCCGACUUCAUACGAGUCCGCAGUGAUGGGCCGCCGCAUUCUCGCCGUGACCAAGCUGGCCGAGCUCGCGACCGUCUUCCCGACCGGCGCCCACUCUGCCUCGGGCGGUGACCUCUCCGGCAUGCCCAUCGGCCUCAUGGACUACGUCGCCGACUGCGAGGACGAGGGCAACCCCACCAUCCUGGCCAUCACCAUCGCCACGUCCUUCAAGAACGUCCGCGCCGGCUCCAACAUCUCCCUCUCCAUGCACUGGGCCCCGCCCUUCCCGCCCGCGAAGCGCAUCUCGCUCUUCUCCUCGCUCAAGCACAGAAUCUUUGGCUCCUCCGACGCCGACGCGGCCACGGCUCUCCCCGACACGGUCCCCUACUCCGCCGCCAACCUCCCCCGCUUCUCCCUCCUCGGCUACCUCGAGAAGAUCCCCGCCGACCCCGUCUCCUCCCUCAAGCUCGCCCACUGCUUCGUCAACAAGCACCCGGACUCCAAGUACUGGCUCCCCGGCAGCCCCGUCCACGAAUCAGAGUGGGUUCGCUUCGUCGUCACAUCCGUCUACUGGAUCGGCGGCUUCGGUGACCGCGCCUACAUUGGCUGGAUCCCCCUCGAGGAGUGGCAGAAGGUCACCAAGGAGGAGUACGAGUCCAUCGAGCUCCCUGGUGAGAAGCGCGGCUGGAAGGAGUGGAGCGUCAACAGCUGGUUCGACGGCAAGGACCUUUGAAUGUGUCGAGAGGAUGUUACCUGCGACGACAAGGUAGUUGAUGAUUUGCGUACGGGAGGGAUCCAAUCUUUUCUUUUUGGUAUGAUACCAUUUACAACCUAGGUCAGACCCCAAAGGCCUCAAAGGGGCUUGCUAGUUUGCAAUGCAUUUUCAGGCCGGUCAUUUGAUGAGUAUUUAUAUGCCAAUUUUGCCCAAGUCGGCGUUGUUAUUUUAGAUGAAGACUUUGGCCGCGCGAGAUACACAUUCGCUAAACAGCCAAAGCCU